AUGCUUCAAUAUUUUCUUUUUAUUAUUAUCUUUUAUUUGGAUUUUUUGAUACUACCAACAACGAUGAAUGAAAUUGAUAAACAAGAAGAAGAAGAAGAUACAAGAAAUCAUUUGAAAGAACCAUUCAAACAUUUUGGCCAACAUUUUGAAUAUAUUUACGAAAAACCUUUCAGAUCAGAUCAGAAGCCUAGAAUUUUGCUUUCAUAUGAUACAAUUGAUGAUGGUACAAGGAAGACAGAAACAAUUCAACAAAUGGACAAUUUAAAAAGUUAUAAGAGAAAAAAGUAUCAACAAUCAAUUAAUAAUCAGAAAAUACAGGAAAAAUAA